CACUGAAAAUUGUAGCAAACAUGUGCAGGCAUGUUGAGUGAAUAGGACGUUUGAUUUUAUACCAGGCUCGCCCACCUGGUUCUGACUCUGUUCAUCACUCACCACAGCAGUGUGGUUCAUGGUGUGGUUACUGUGGUGUAUACUGUGUCAUAAAUCAAGCGCCCCCUUUCUAACGCGCUGCCAGGGCCAGGCACGCGACACAGACGUGUGCAGACAUGACCUAUGGACACUUGUACACAUGCAGUCCGAUGGAGCUAGCAGAGAUUUUCGAGGAAGAAAUGAAAGAUGACCCGACUCCUCCUGCCACUGGUUGCAGCAUUCAAGCCGCUUGUAAGAAGGAUGCUGGUGUUGAAAAGGACCUUGACACAUAUAAUGAUGAGUUGGACGCGACAUCUUUGGGCUCUGGAAAUCAACAGGCCGUAAGUCGUCAUAUUCGUCGCCUGAAGCAUCUCAGAGCACACCAUGAUGCCUGUGAGAGACGCUAUAACAAAGCGCACACAGACCGGUCAAAAAUCAAUGAGGACACCAAGUUGGUUUUACACAACAACCAGAACACAAUGAAAGCUGAUGAGUGUUCAAGUGACAGUGAUGAUACCAUUGACCCCACGCCACCUGAUGUAGACAAGGACAGUGAGGACAGGGACAAGGAUGGCGUACCUGAGCUGCAAAGAACUGAGAGUGUUUUUCUGACCAGAAAAAUGCUGGGGAUCAAAGACUUUUCUCUGCCAAGUUCUGGGAGCAGUGAAGAGUUGUAUGUUCCUGAUUCUGCUGACGAAACUGAUGACGAAUGUUCAGAAGAAGAAGGAGACAGUUCUGAAGUCGAACAGCACAAGUACAAGAAAAGAAAAGCCAAGAAAAAGCAUUCAACAAACACUCAGGCAGUCCAACCACACAAACGACAACGUAAGACACAUAGAGAAUCCUCCUCGAAUGACAGCUCUGACGUGACAGUGAUGAUGCUGCAGAAAAAACCGAAUGGUGACAGACUUUACAAUAAAAAGUAUCACUGUGUGUUUUGCUUAAAGGCUUACAAUAAAAUUGCCCGCCAUUUGGAAUCUAAACACAGAGACAAACAGGAGGUGGCAAGAGCAAUGACAUAUCCAAAGGGGUCAAAAGAGAGAAGAAUACAGCUCAGCUUACUGAGAAACCAAGGGAAUCGUCUACACAAUAAUAAGGUGCUGAGAGAAGGAAAAGGAGUGUUAGUUCCCAGUCAGCAGUCCAGCACUGAUGUUGCAGCCAGAGAUUACAUGCACUGUAUAAACUGUGAAGCUUACCUCAAGAGGAAAACACUGUGGAGGCAUAUGCAGAGAUGUCAACUUCGCAAGAAGAUUGAGGGAUUAAAGCCUGGAAAAACCAGAGUCCAGGCUCUUUGUCAAUAUGCUCAGCCAGUGCCAGCAGAUGUUAAUGAACGCUUUUGGAAAAUGGUGCUAAACAUGCACAUGGAUGAGGUUACUAAUGCUGUUCGCAGAGAGAAAAACAUUCUGAAAUUUGGAGAACACCUCUUCAGCAAACAUGGACACGAUGCAACCAAACACGAAUAUAUCAGACAGAAGAUGAGGGAGGCAGGGCGACUUGUUGUGCAAGGACACAAACAUGGGAAGUUGAAGCAGUUAUCAGACUUUUUUGUACCAGCUAAUUUCCCUCAUGUGAUACGGGCCGUUAAGGACGUAGCAGGCUUGAAUGAGGAGACGAACACAUACAAAACACCUUCUCUGGCGCUUAAGUUAGGCCACAACCUCAAAAAGAUUGCAAGCAUCAUCGAAUGUGAAGCCAUGAUUGCAGGUGAAGAGGAUGUCGUCCACAAUGUUCAAAUGUUCAAACAAAUAUGUGACACAAAAUGGAAUGAGUGUGUGUCAGCACAGGCCUUAAGAAAUCUGGAUGAAGCAAAAUGGAAUGCCCCACAGCUUCUUCCAUUUGCUGAGGAUGUAAAAAAGAUGCAUCAGUAUCUUGAAAGACAAAGACAGGACUUCAAAAAAAAACUUGACCACAAACCAACGAAGAAGGACUGGGCAGAACUUGCAAGAAUAACCCUCUGUGAGAUUAUUCUGUUCAACCGCAGAAGAGAGGGAGAAGUGUCGAAGAUGCCAUUGAAUGCUUUUACAUUGAGAGACACCUCAUCGACUCAUCCUGAUAUUGAGUUGUCUCUGUCUGAGCUGGAGAGGAAGCUGUGCAAACACCUCCAGAGGAUAGAAAUAAGGGGAAAACGAGGACGAAAGGUCCCCAUCCUUCUCACGCCUGAUGUGCUUGCUUCUAUGGAGUUACUCGUCAAGACUCGUCGCACCUGUGAAGUCCCUGAUGAAAACCAGUUCAUGUUUGGCAGACCAAAAGCACUCUCCUACUUCAGAGGAUCCGAUGUUAUUCGUCAGGUAGCUCGCAGUUGUGGGGCAAACCACCCAGAAGCUUUGUCUUCCACCAAGUUAAGGAAGCACUUGGCAACCAUGUCCAAAAUUCUUAACCUGAAGGACAACGAGAUGGAUGACCUCGCUGAGUUCCUGGGCCAUGACAUAAGGGUGCAUCGCCAGUAUUAUAGACUUCCGGAGGGCACGUUACAGCUCGCAAAAAUCAGUAAGGUCCUCAUGGCACUGGAACGAGGUCAGCUGUCGCAGUUUCAAGGAAAGAAUCUUGAUCAGAUCAACAUCGAUCCACAAGAGAAAAUGCCAGUGUACAGUGACCCUUCUGACAGUGAAGCAGAUGAUGACAUGAGAGAGGAAGAUGCAGCUCCUUUUUCACCGUCACCUUCACCUACACCUUCACCUUCACCUUCACCUUCUGCCUCAUCAUCAUCAGGCAAAUCCAGGGUGAGCAGGAAAUCCUUUCAAGCUGGACCAAACUAUCCACAUCCAGCCAAAGGUAAUUUAAGUAGAGGAUUAUGGAAAUAUCUUAAAGAUGAUGAGAUGCCAUUGGCGGGCGAAGUGUCUGAAAAAUGUCAAAGUAAAAAAGGUUCAUCACAAGCCAAGAGAAAAAAGUGGUCAGACGAGGAAAUCCAGGCUGUUGAGGAGACGCUCAUGGACUGCAUCAUGAGAAGAAAGGUUCCUGGUAAAGCCCAGUGUCUGCAGUGUAUAAAUACUUCACCCACAGCCCUUCAAGACAGGAGUUGGGAGGCAGUUAAGUUCUAUGUGAAAAAUCGCAUUGAUGCUGAAAAGCGGGAAUCCCUGAAACAGAGGUAAACCUUGGACACAGACUAUUCGCUGUCACCUGCAAUCAUGGCUUCACGUGAAAAAAAGGCUUGAGGGAGCUUUUUGGUACAGAAGAGGAUCAGGGCCACUGUAAAAAAUUAAACCUUGAUUGAGGUCCAAUAUAUAUUUAAUUUACAUUUAUUCAGAGAUAAGUCAGAAUUCUGACUGUUUUUUUAAAUCAGAUUUUUGACA